GGUGGGCGUGGCCGGUGCUAGGCGGUGCCCCGCCCCCCGGCGGUGAGGGGAUGUUCCGCGGCGGCGGGGGCUGCGCGGGGUCCCGAUGGUGUGAGGCGGCUCGGGGAGCCGCUAUGAACGGGGCGGCCCCUCAGCUCUUUGACCCCAAGGAGCGUGUGCUGAAGCUGGGCGAGAGCUUCGAGAAGCAGCCGCGCUGCGCCUUCCACACCGUCCGCUAUGACUUCAAGCCUGCAUCUAUUGAUACAUCCUCUGAAGGAGACCUUGAAGUUGGCAAAGGUGAACAGGUGACAAUAACGCUGCCAAACAUUGAGGGUUCAACUCCACCAGUAACAGUUUUCAAGGGCUCCAAGAAGCCUUAUCUAAAGGAAUGUAUCUUAAUUAUCAAUCAUGACACUGGAGAAUGUCGACUAGAGAAACUGAGCAGUAACAUCACUGUGAAGAAAACCAGAGCUGAAGGAAGCAGUAAGGUUCAAUCUCGUAUUGAGCAGCAACAGCAGCAAAUGCGAAAUGCCAGUAAGACUCCAAACAAUGUUAAAAAUUCUCCACCAAAAGAAAAGAUGUCUCCAUCUUCUCCUAUGGACGACAUUGAGAGAGAGCUAAAGGCCGAGGCUAGUGUCAUGGACCAGAUGAGUAGCUCUGAUAGUUCGUCCGAAUCAAGAAGUUCAUCAUCUUCUUCAUCCAGCAGUGAAAAUAGUUCUAGUGAUUCAGAAGAUGAGGGAGCUAAGCCGUCUCUGCCUAUGUCAAUGCCGUACUUGCAGCCACAGCCUGCUAUGUCUGCCAUACCACAACAGGCUAUCCGUGACAUGGAUGCCAGUCAUAACAAAUCUCAAGAGAGCGGUGGCCAUAUGAUGAAUACACUAAGAAAUGACUUGCUGCUGAGUGAAUCUGGAAGUGACAGUGAUGACUGAACAAGAUUUUGGCCUUAAUAAAGAUGCAUCACCUCUCUUUGCUAAAGCUGUCAUAGCAUCUAUUUUGCACUAAGAUUAGAUUACCCAAGAUUGAAAUGAAUGUCCUCAAUUUUUGGAAAUAGAGACAUCUUAAUUUUCUACUGGCACAUCAGGUCUAUGGUACAGCAGCACUCAUGUCUAAUCACUGCUCUGGGUACUUGUUUGUCUCUUCCAAAUUACUGUAUUACAGUAUCGGUUCUUAUGAACGGAUUCUGAUUUUUGCCUCAACCACCUGUUGUACUUGAAACUGACUUAUAACAGCUAGUUACUUUAUAUAAUAGAUAUGGGAAUGGGGAAAUUUCUAGUAUUUAUGGAGGCAAGUUUCCCUCCUGUCCUUACAGUUUAGUGCUGAUUUCAUUAACUUUUUUUUUUUUUGAGAGGGAUGGAAGGAAGAACAGCUGAGAUCUGCUGUGUAAGCUACGUUGUUGUUCUGUUCACAGUUCAUAAUUUUAAGGAAACUGCUGAAUGGUAUGGUCCACUCUUGCAGUUACAGUUUACGACACAUCAUUGAAUUUUUAGUUUCAUUGUAUUAUAGGACUUUUUAUAUUUCUGAGCCUUACGUCUCUGAAGGGAACUCGUCCUUUUCCCUGCCUUUACUUG